AUGGCGACCAAGAAGAGCACAAGGAAAUAUGACAUGGGUGAAGUUGGCAGUGAUUUAUCAGAACAGAUUAAAGAAGCCACAAAGGACAAUCACUUAAAAGCUGAAAAUACAGAGCUGAUGCUGAGUUACCAAAGAGGAGAGAUCACCCUGCCACAGUACAAGCUCCUGCUGUGUUCCCUCCAUGAGAUCUACAAGGUGUUAGAAGAGGAACUAGAUAAGAAUUGUUCCCAUCCAGCGGUCGCACCGAUAUACUUCCCUCAGGAACUUGAUCGCCUGGAAUCCCUGGAGAAUGAUCUGGAGCAUUUUUUGGGCCCCGAUUGGAGCGGGAAAGUGAUUGUUCCCGCAGCAACACACAGAUACACUCAGAGGUUACGAGAGAUUGGUAAAGAUAAUCCUGGACUGCUGGUGGCCCACGCCUACACUCGAUAUCUCGGGGAUCUGUCAGGAGGACAAGUCCUAGGAAAAAUUACCCAGAAAUCUCUCAAACUGACAGGCAAAGAAGGCCUUUCAUUCUUCUACUUCCCUGCUGUGAGCAGUCCCAAUCGCUUCAAGCAGCUAUACAGGAGCCGCAUGAACGCUAUUGAGCUGACUGAGGAGGAGAGGGUGGCUGUUCUGAAGGAGGCAGUUCUAGCCUUUGAGUUUAACACUCAGGUUUUUGAUGACUUGCAGAAACUCUUGUGUGUCGCAACAGGACAACCUGAGACCAACUCUGAGAGUUUCCCCUUUGCUCCACUCAAGCGUUUCACUGUGGGCCUUUGUGUCACACUGGCUACUAUUGGAAUUGGAAUGUAUGUCAUGUAA